CAAAUUUGUAAAGAGUAAUUGAAGUCCAACACAAUGAAAGAUGGAGAAUUCGCCCAGGGCUUGGAACAGUUCGCCUACUGUCUCCACGAACAGCUGAGCCGGGCCAAUCCCGGCCAGAACAUCAUCCACUCCCCGCUGUCCGUCAGAACUUCUGGUGGAAUGGUGCGGAUGGGAGCCACGGAGGGAUCGGCCACGGCCAAGGAGUUGGAUGAGGGUCUCCGGUUCGGAGGGCGGGAUGUGCGGGAGAUAGCCGAGAACUUCGAUGCCGUGCUAAAGACCUACGAGCAGUGCCAGAUCUUGAAAAUGGUCAACGGACUUUACGUAAUGCAGGGUCAUGAAGUCGGCGAGCAGUUUGGCGGCAUUCUAGAGAAGAGUUUCCACUCCAAGCCAAUGGAGAUCGACUUUGGCAGCAAACAGGCUGCCAGUAUUAUUAACAAUUGGGUUGAGUCGCAGACUAACAACGUAAUCAAAGACCUAAUCAGCCCUGGAGUUCUGGACAAGGACUCUUGACUGGUCCUUAUCAAUGCAAUUCACUUUAAGGGCAAUUGGUCAAUCAGGUUCAAUGAAAGUGAGACUAAAGACGAGUUAUUCUUCUCGGAUCCAGACAGAUCUGCCAAAGUGAGAAUGAUGCACGUUUCCGAUAAGUUCUUCUUUGCUUCGCUACAUAAUCUAGAUGCCACUGCCCUUAAAAUGAACUAUAGUGCCUGCAACUUGGCCAUGAUCAUCAUACUGCCGGAUGAGAAAUCGAAUCUUACGAUUCUGGAAAACAAAUUACCAGGCAUUUCUCUCGAGGCAUUGUUAUCCUCAAUGAACCUGGAACAAGUUGAUGCCAAGAUUCCUAGCUUCAAAGCCGAGUUCCAGCAGGAACUAUCCCAGGCCUUCAAGCUGAUGAACAUGAGCCGUAUUUUUAGCGAUCAAGCCGAACUUGGUGCAAUGCUGAAGUCCCAGUCCCCCCUAGUUGUCUCCCAUAUCAUACACAAGGCCUUUAUUGAGGUCAACGAAGUGGGCACUGAAGCCGCAGCUACGACAGCUGCGGUUAUCCAAUUAAGAAGCAAGCCCGCCACUCAGCCUAAGCCAAAGUUGUUUCAUGCUAAUAGACCCUUCUUUUAUGCAAUUUAUGACAACGUCCAUGGUUUCCUCUUCGCCGGUCACUUUUGUUCGACGACAGUAGAAAAGUCCAAAAAAUGUAAUAAA